GUCCAGUCCUUUUCCAGUUUCCAGUGAUCCAGUUUCUCGCGAUCCUAUCCAGAUGCCUUAGAAAUACCUUUAGCAGGCCAGCUAGUAGUAUGUCUCGACGAUACAGCCGGAGUCCUCCACGACGUGAGCGUGACUUUAGUCCGCGCAGAGAAGGCGGCAGGGAGAGCAGAGAGGGCGGCAGGGAGAGCAGAGAAGACCGAGAAAAGAGGGGACCUCCUGAUAUUGCUGAAAUGGUCAGUUUGAAAGUGGACAAUUUGACCUACAGGACCAGGAUAGAGCACCUGGAGCCCCUCUUCUCCAAGUACGGCAAAGUGGGGGAUAUCUACAUUCCACGAAACUAUCGAACUCAAGAGAGCAGAGGAUUCGCUUUUGUCAGAUUUUACGAUCGGAGAGAUGCAGAGGAUGCAAUGGAGCGUCUAGACGGCAAACAAUUGGACGGUAGGGAAAUCAGAGUUAGCAAGGCGAUGCACGGUCGUCCUGAUGGGGCUGCUGGUCCACCACGUGGCGGCGGCGGUGGUGGUAGACGUGACAGGUCUAGAUCCAGAUCCAGAUCACCACGGCGACGCAGCAAGUCCAGAUCACGAUCCAGAGGUCGAGACUACGACCGGUCUCGUUCACGAUCACCUAGAUAAAAAUGUUAGAGAUAUAAACACGUGACCUCACUGUAUUAUGAAGUGACGCCAUCACUUUAAACGAGAUUUCCUCUGAAGACAUUAGCUUAAUAAACUAUAAAGGAUUAGCUUAAUAAAGGAAUCCACGAUUUAUUAGAAAAUUUCAUGGCUAGAUCAGCUUCUUUGCCUAUCUCACGGUUUUAACUACGGACGGAUAACUAUUUUGAACCGAAAGAAUUGAUAGUGGCUGAACACUAGAUAUUGUUGCCCUAAUUCUAGUACUAAUUUAAACGGUAGUGUGACACCUUGUAUCAUAUUAUCACUGAUGACCGUUUGUAGAUUUGCGGCUGUGUACGACUAAUCAAUCUUAACGAAUUUCAUGGACCUUUACUUUUCUUUCAGAUUUGCUGUUCAUUUAUAUUGACAUAACUGUAUGAUAUGUAUGGUUUCAGUACGAUUUACAUCUAUCAUUUUAUGAACUAAAA